AUGGACGUGUGGGGCCCAGCCCGCGUCCGUGGACAGGGUCACGAGCGCUACUUCCUGCUAGUUGUUGACGACUACUCGCGUUACACCGCAGUCUUCCCCUUGCGCAGCAAGGGUGAUGUCACUGAGGUGCUGAUCGACUGGAUCCGCGCAGCUCGUCUCCAGCUCAGGCAGAGCUUUGGCUCGGACUUUCCUGUUCUGCGUCAGCACUCGGACAGAGGCGGAGAGUUUUCCUCUGGCCUUCUGAGAGCCUACUGUCGCGCACGGGGCAUCCGUCAGACCUUCACGCUUCCAGACUCUCCGCAGCAAAAUGGGAUUGCUGAGCGCCACAUUGGCAUGGUCAUGGACGUCGCUCAUACGUCUAUGAUGCAUGCGGCUGCCCCCCAUUUUCUGUGGCCGUUUGCGUUGAGGUACGCGGCGCAUCAGAUCAACCUUCACCCCAGGGUCUCCAGGCCGGAGACCUCCCCAGCCUUGCUGUGGACGGGGAAGGUUGGCGAUGCGUCGGCGUUCCGGUUCUACCACCCCACCUCUCGCCGUGUUCUGUCCUCCCAGGACGUCAAGUUUGACGAGUCGGUCCCCUACUACCGCCUCUUCCCCUACCGCACUCCGUCCCUCCCCCCGCCCCCGCUCUUCCUUGUACCAGGUCCCCCCCGGGUAGACCCCCUCCCCCGUCAGGGUCCUGUCCCUUCAGGUGUGUCCCAGGUAGACGCAGUCGAGCCUGUCGAGGUCACUGGUGACUCUGGUGCUGCUGAGGGUGCUGAGCCUGGGGGUGCUGAGCCUGGGGUGCUGAGCCUAGGGGUGCUACGCCUGGGGGUGCUUUGCCUGGGGGUGCCGGGCCUGGGGGUGCUGAGCCUGGAGGAGCUGCGUGAGUGGUUUGCCCGGCGCUGGAGCCAUGCUGCUGGUGCUGGAGGUUCUUCGGCUACUGGGGGUGGUGAGCCUAGUGGUGCUGAGCCUGGGGGUGCUGAGCCUGGGGGUGCUACGCCUGAAGGGGUGCUUUGCCUGGGGGUGCUGGACCUGGGGGUGCCGAGCCUGGAGGUGCUCCGCCUGGAGGUUCUUCCGGGUGCUUCGUCUCGCCGGGAGCCACUCUCUCCACAGGAGCUCCGCGAGUGGUUUGCCCGGCGCUGGAGCCGUGCUGCUGGUGCUGGAGGUUCGUCGACUACUGAGGGUGCUGCUGUCGCGGGUCCCGGAGGUGCUCGUCCUGGGAGUACUGGAGCUGCAGGGCCUGCAGGUUCGACUGGAGCUGGUGCUGCUGAGGGUGUUGGCGUUGAGACUACCACUGGCGGUCCUGCUGGGGGUGCUCCUGGUACUGUUGGAGGUUAUGGAGCUGCUGGAGGUGCUGCUGGAGCGGGUGCUCCUGCUGGAGGUACUGGUGCUGUCCCUGCUGUUUCUCGCGUCGCCACGCGGCCUCGACCGUACUUCGUUCCACUCCUGCAGCAGUCGGACUCUCUUCGUGCUGCCAGUCCUACUGUCACAAGUCUCCUGGCUAUUGUCGUCACUGACCCUUCUUUCGAGUCCACUGCUGCGUCUGCCCUAGUUGCUGAGCUCGUCGACUUUGCUGCUCGCUGUCGCCUAGACUACGCUGCUAGUCCUUGUCGCUGA